CCGUUACCCAUGCCCAAAAAUCAGCUGCCUGCCCUGGAUACUGACUGAGCGUCACCGAAUAGCUUCACCCAAAUUACAUCUCCGACGGCUUCAGGUCCUUGGUUCAAGAUCCACACUUCUACGGGCCUCACCAUCUCGGUCUGCUCACCUUGAGUCUCACGAGCUCGGAUGAGGCCGUCAAGCCCGUCAUGGCUUCAUCGGCGUCGCUAAAGGACCUCUCCAAGGCGAUCGUCGCCUUCCUCGCUGAGCCAACGGCUUCGCUGCCCGACGACUUAGAAAAGAUCAUUGAUGCAUACCUCCGUCGACACCAGAAAUAUGACGACGCUACGGCAGAUCGCCUCCAGGAAGAGCUCCUGUCCAUUUUUGACAAGCACGUCAAAGACAAACCUUCAGCCUUCGCGCCCUUUCUGAACAUCCUUCGUCAACUACUUUCGAUACUUCGAACUCCUGAGCGGAUAUUUGCAUGGUGGGACUCGUGCUCUGCGCUUCUAGCCAAGUCCUCUCCCGAGAAAGGCGUUGUGGAAGCGUCACUGGCGAAUAUCAUGGAAAUCAUAUCAAUUGCGGAAGAGGAUCAUGACGGUUCUGAUUCUGACCUUUCCUCCAACCCACUCAUUGACCGCCUGUUCACAGGAUGGAUGGAGAAGCUUUACCCGUCUGUCACCGAAGCGCUAUCAAGCCUUGAGCCAAAUGAGAGAAUCACGCGGGAGGCUCUUGUGCAGUUCGGAAAGAAGCAUCCCAAGGAGCUUUUUACUGCGCUUGAUCGCUAUUUUGUGAAGAAACAGUAUCGCAAGGCUGUCCUGCGCUUCCUGGGCGACUAUCUUCAAAGUCAACCUCCUCAUGUUCACCAGAUUCUACAAACGCCACUAUUUGCUGAUAUUUUAAAAUGCCUACAACAGGAUAGCUCAACGACCAUAGUGUCAGCCGCGCUGACAGUUGUCAUCAUGUUACUUCCACAGAUGCCAAGCUCACUGGUUCCGCAUCUACCCACGCUGUUCAACAUCUAUGCAAGGCUAUUAUUCUGGUCACGAGAACGGGCCGGCGUAGUUGAGCCUCAGCCAGAGGAUACAGAUUCAUCCAAUUGGGAACAAUGCAGUCAUGAGGCAGACGUCGAUGAUCACCCUGUCUAUCACCUCCUGAACUACUAUACCAUUCUUUAUGGUCUCUAUCCCAUCAACUUCAUGGACUAUAUUCGCAAGCCUCAGAGAUAUCUACGUCACGCCAAUGUUGCAAAUGCCAACGAUAUGGAAGUUCAGCCUACCGAGAUUCGAGACCAAUCAGAAAGGUUCCGCCAAUGCCAUUUACUUCACCCAAACUUCUUCACCCUCACGAUUGAUUCGGAAAAGACGGAUUUUGGUCGCUGGAUCAAGAGCGAGGCCUCGGAGGUUGUUGCUGAGUGCAUGGCUUUAUGUCUCGCGAACGAUUCCAACCUGUCUUUCGGACAGCCUUUGUCUGUAUCUGAAGCGUCUCCAUCUAACGAAGGAUUUGUCAAAGAAAAUCACCCUUCUGUUCCAAUGACGACGGCUGAAUCCCACAGCGGCUAUCGUUUGCCUACAUCCGCCAGUACGGACUCGUUAGCGAGUAGUCGUCGGCCAUCAGCUCUAAUUCGACGGGGUUCCCAAUCAAGCAUCCCAUCAACUCGAGAUUCUAUUGAUGCCAGGAUAAGAGAACCAAACGCCGACAGUCCGACCCUUGGUCCUCAUCUCAUCCAAUCUUCCUCCCAUACACAACUACAGGACAUGAUCCAAUCUAACAAGGUCAUCAAGUCCGGUUUGCAUCAGUCUUUGGCCAACGAUAGCGUGCCAUCACUAUCACUCAGCAAUCAAGAUUCUGUGGCUGAUCGGCCCGGCCCAUCGCUACUGGGCGCUCCGCCAACUAUCAGCACGCCCCUUUCCUUGACUGAGACGAAUACACAAGUGGCUCAUCUGCAGCGCCAGAUCCUGCUUUUGCAGAAUGACCUAAACUUUGAGAGAUAUUUGAAACAACAACAUAUGGCCCAUAUUGGUGACUUGCGCAGACGACAUAUGGAGGAAGCUGUGACAGAGGCAGAAACACAGAAUCUACUCAUCACAAACCGAAACUUGAAGCACCGGUUCGAGGAAGCGAAGAAAGCGGAGAUGCAAGUUCGGAGGGAUUCUGAGAAGAGUCGUGCCCUUGCGAAGAAGUGGGAAGCUGACCUUUCCACCAAGCUUAAGAAGCUGCGUGACGAAUCAAAGCGACUCAAGGCUGACUAUGAAGCGCUCCAGAAGGAGCUAGAUAACUCCACGGCGGAGCGUGACAAGUUGAGGGUACUACUGUGCGAGGCCGAAGUCAAGGAGGUCAACUGGAAGCAGAAUAUGCAGUCCAUUGAAAUUCACAGCGCUGAAAUCGACCGGUUGAAAAGUGAAGUCGAUAGAUUGACAAAGGUUGAACGUGAUUUCCAGGCCAAGGAACUCGAGCAACAAGGGGCAAUCGCUGCCGCUGCAGGAGCAGAGAGCAAAGUUGAGGCUCUGAAUCUUCAACUCGCCAGUCGAGAGGAUGAAAUCGAGCGUACUAGGAAACUGUUCCAGAACCAAAUUGCAACUCUACAAGCGAAGUUAUCCGAGGCGCAGGAGGAAAGAAGUCUACCUUCUCGGGAUAGCAAAGCAGCAAUUCAGGCAAUGCUCGCAGCGAGUCGAGAGAAGCAAGCUGAACUACAGAAGCAGUGCGACCUGCUGAUGCGCAAAUACACCGCCCUGCAGUCAUCGUUCCUGGAUAUGAAGACGGAAACGAAGCCAAGACAGCUCAGGAUCGAGACCUCACUAGAUGGAGAGCAUGAUUCAUCAUCCAUGUCAACGAGCCCCGUCAUGAUGAAAACGCGGCCACAGCGUGUGCUCUCAAGCCCUGACAUCACAGAGGGCACUGCAUACAAUGUCACGCCACCUCUCGGGCACAAACCUGAAGCUGCCUUAUCACCGAAGUCAGGGGGUUGGGCACAUCCACCAGGGUCACCAUUGGGAACAGAUGCAUCAUCUCUAUCCAUGAGCCCAGAUCACCAGCGAUUCGGACGAAGUGAUGGGGGACGAUUACUUGCCAGGAGUCACUCGGACUUAUUUGCCAGCGCAACACACAAUCGACUCCGUAAAGAUUCGAAAGACAAGGGUAAAGAGGAGGCAGGCGCGAAAAAAGACAAGAAACCAUCGGCGUUGAGGGGAAUUCGGGGGUUCAUGUAUGAAUGAGAAGAUGAUUGCGACAAGGUGAGCAAUGGCGAUAGUGGAUAUAUAGGCCGGUUUUGACAUAUUUGCGUACAUAUGGCAGUCAUUCUUGAAUAAAUCAUUAGGCUCGUCGCCAUCCACUUCA